AUAGCGAAAAGAAAAGAGAGAGACAAGAGAAGUUGAUCUCCGUAGGGAGAAGAGUUGAACGUCUUUAAAGAAACCGGUCGAGUCGCUGGUUUGUCUCAGUCACAGUUGAGUAUCUGGACGAUCAACAAGUGGCUCUGCCCAGCCAAAAAAAAAAACAGCAUUCCGUCCACAGCAGACAAAACUUACCUUUCGGUGGUGGGUAAUUUGAGCCAACCGACGCGCAUUUCCCUAGUGCAACGUGCUGCAUCCAAUUUGCGUGGCGAGAUCAUGGAGUCGCAGAUGAACCUGCGGCAAUCCAUGCUGGACAAGAUGAAACGUCCGUUCAGCAACCGGCGGUUGAAUCGCUACUGGAACAGCAUCCAACUCAAUUUGACUCGCAAUUCCGGAUACUACGCUUUGGUCUCUUCGCUAAUGUGUCUGUGCCUCAUCGGAUUAAGAUCCAACAGCGAAUACCACGAUCACGACGAAAUCGACUCGGAACUUCACUACAGUUUCCACAAUUGGGAACCAAAGAAACCUAUGGACGUUCGACCGCGUGAAAGGAGAGCUGUGGAUCCAUCUGAUGGCGAGACGAAAAUCAUUCUAUUUUGGACGAAAUAUCACGGAAGUGCCAGUUUCGAUUUCGGUUUGGGUUCCAGGCCGUUCGAAUCGGCUGGAUGCCGAGUAUCCAACUGCAAGACGACGACCGACAGGUUGCUGCUCAACGAAUCUCACGCCAUCAUUUUCCAUUCGGGAAAUUUAAACAUUUCCGACAUGCCGUCCGUUCGUUUCGAUCACCAAAGAUGGAUUUUCUAUUCAUUCACGUCGCCCGUCAAUUUAGCGCCAAUCCCUAAAUUCUUAAAAGAUAAAUUCAAUUGGACAAUGACCUACCGUCGGGAUUCGGAUAUCAUCCAUCGUUAUCCUUUCGGAGCUCUGGUGGCCAGCAAGACGAUGCGUAAAAGCUACGGCAAAACACGUCCAACGGCCAAUGCCGUCCAACGUCGCAUUCCACAUAAGAAGAAGCUUGUCGCCUGGAUCACGUCCACUUGCCCGACGUCGGUGCGCAGGGAGAACUACGUCCGCCAGCUGGCCAAACACAUCUCCGUCGACAUUUAUGGCGGGUGCGGUCAUAAAUAUUGCGGUAGCCACGAACAGUGCAUGAAGAUGCUGCGGGAAGAUUACAAAUUUGUGCUGGCCUUUGAGAGCUCGCUGUGCACCGACUACGUCACGGAGAAAUUAUACACGGCCCUGGAGAACGGCGUCGUGCCCGUCGUCUACGGCGAGGCCGACUACCGGGCCUACGCCCCGUCCAAUUCCUACGUCAACGCCCGAGAUUUCGGAUCGCCCAAAGAGCUGGCCCAGUACCUUUGGCUCCUCCAUCAAAACGACCAUCUGUACCAGAACUACUACGCCUGGAACCAGGACUACAUGGUGGACAGAUUCCCGACGGACGGCUGGUGCAAUCUCUGCCAGAUGCUGCACAAGCCCAUGGAAUCGCAGGCCUAUUCGGACGUCCAACGGUGGUGGGCUGAGGAAGUCACGUGCACGUCCAAUUAUCAAUUCAGCCUCAACGUCAGCAACAGUAUUGAACCGGUGAUGCACAACUAAUGAGAAAUGACCAAUGAAAUAUGUGCGAGUGGUGUGAAAGUUUGUACUCAGAUUAACCUUAAUACUUUUUGAAUAUUUUUUUUAAUCAAAAAGGGGAAACGUAAGGGACGUACCAGUUGCUUUCAUUUCGUCCCGCGGAUUGUUUGUUCAAACAUCAAGUGAUAAUUUGGUGACGAUUACAGAAAUGUGCCGAUUCACAGUGACACUCAAUUGCUAACAAAUUAGUAUACAUGCCGGUCUGAAUUGCCAAUAUGUCGUCGCUUUUUACCGAUGCUGAAUUAUUUUCAUUCUUUCUUUGAAAACUAAUAAUUGAAUCUUAAACGCUGGAACCGCCAAUGGAUGACCACGGUUUUCGUAUACUAUUCUUAUUUUUUACCUAAUAAUCUUAUUAUUUAAUUUUUUGGUAAUCUAUUGUUAUUUGAGUUAUUUUGCACUGUUAUUUUUCUCGUAUUCGAGAACCCUUUUCUGGUCGAGUAGAUCGAUUGUCGUUGACGCUGCUGACACGCUGUUUUGUAUUAUUUACAGUUCCCCCCGUAGGAAUGUUCAUUCUCCAUUAUUCUUGUGUACCGUUGCAGUUGUGUUGAGUAUAAAGACGAACGAAGGAAAUUGAAGUUGGGCUAGCGAGUGAUGUACUACAAGUAUGGCGGUAUCAUUUCAAUGUGUAAUUUAUGCCUGCCUUUUUCUGCAUGUGGGUGGUCAUCUGUCACUACUGCCCUGGGAG